AUGUGGGUCAACCGCAUCGCCUCACUUGAAGUGCACAAUGCAACGGCGCUGCCGACACCGCCGCCCGGCACCAUCGAAGCUCCUUGGCGCUUCCUUGGCACAUGGGAAGGCUUCAUGAUGGUACGCUUCGCCGCCCAGAGCUCGCAGCCCGAGUGCUAUGCCGUGAACGGCGUCAACUGCCUUCUUGGCGAGACCGUCGACGAUCUCUUGCCGCAGCUUACGGCGUACGAAAGCAACCGGACCAGUGGCCUUAGCGAUGCGACUCUCUCGAUAUUUCCGGCGCCUUGCGGACCUGCCCGUCAAGAGCACUGGGGCAGCGACGGGUACUCUGUCGCGAACGACUGGUGCCUUCAGGCAGCGCGGCGGCUCCCGAUUUUUGAAGCGCGUGGCAGCCCUGCUCACUGCAUCAUGCAACCUAGCGGCUAUGUUGCAGUGUGGACUCGCGGCAACUCGUCGGCCAACUGCGUCGCAAACAUCAAGAACAUUGGGUGGAAUGACUGUCGCAUCUUCUCUCACUGGGGGACGUGCACAGCGAGCGCAGAGCGGUUUCUGGAAGGUCGUUCGUCCUCUGCUGACUGGCCUACGUAUGGCCAGUCGUCUUGUGGCAGUCUUGAGACGUCAUGUGGCCUUCGGCAAACAACGUCUGGACCUACCUACUACACCCUGGACGGCCAGUUGUCAGACAGUGGCAUGCUCAGUAUUCUGCUUGGGCUCUUUGGCUUUGGCGUCGUCGGCGCCGGCGUCAGUUUGUACAUGUGGAAGAAGAACAACGAGGUCGAAGCGCGGCGCCAAAACAUUGAAGCCACCGUGUGCUCGAGCAAGGACGGCGACGAGGACAGCGGCGUCUAUCGAGCAUCCAACGACGUCCACGACGACGACAGAGGUCCUGAACCUCAUUAG